CCGUCACCGAGGAUCUCAACAGUCGCUGCCACUUUGCCGGCGCUGUUGUGGCGGCCGGCGUUGAGUUGGCAGGACUGUCCCAGGAAACUGAUGAAAGUCACUAAAGUUGACAAAGAGUGCUCCAGUCGUUGGGUGGGAAGUCGUGGGAAGGGGCAGAGGCCCCGUUCGGCGCCCACUGCGGCGAGCUCUUGGCGAAGCGCCCGGCCGGGCCUCGGCUUUGACGCGGCCGGUGGUGGGAGUGCCGCGUCCUGCGAGUCCUGGUGUCUGGAUCCGCACCAGCCGCGGGCGUUCGGGGACAUUUGGAGCGGACACCGUGCUCUCCACCCGCAGCGAUGUCCUCCUGGUUCGGGGGCCUCGGCUCCGGCUUGGGCCAGUCUCUGGGUCAAGUAGGGGGUAGCCUGGCGUCCCUCACUGACCAGAUUUCAAACUUCACGAAGGAUAUGUUGAUGGAGGGCACGGAGGAUGUGCCAGUGGAUUUCUCCAGCUCUGGGAGAGAGGAAAAUGAAGCUACUCAUUCAGUCUUAAGAUCAGAGAAUGAAAGACUUAAAAAGCUUUACACUGACCUAGAGGAAAAGCACGAAGCAUCAGAACUGCAGAUAAAGCAGCAGUCUGCAAGUUACCGCACUCAACUGCAGCAGAAAGAGGAAGAAGUCAGUCACCUUAAAGCAAGACAGAUCGCACUACAGGAUGAAUUGCGCAGACUGCAGUCUGCUGCCCAGUCUGUACAUUCAGGAUCUGGCGGGGUACCAGCAGCCGCUGCAUCGCCUUCAUUCAGUUACGGCGUCAGUCCUCAUGUGCCAGCUUUCCGUGAAGAUGACAUGGACUUUGGUGAUAUGAUUUCAUCACAACAAGAAAUAAAUAGAUUAUCAAAUGAAGUUUCACGACUUGAAUCUGAACUGGGACACUGGAAACAUAUUGCUCAGGUGCAGGGAACACAAAGCUCUGAUCAGAUCGAAAUCUGCAAGCUGCAAAACAUUAUUAAGGAACUUAAACAGAAUCGAAGUCAAGAAAUUGAUGACCAUCAGCAAGAAAUUUCAGCAUUGCAGAAUGUGCAUCAACAGAAACUGACAGAGAUAGCUCAUCGGCAUCGAGAGGAGCUAAGUGACUAUGAGGAACGAAUUGAAGAACUGGAAAAGCUAUUACAGCAAGGUGGCUCAGGAGUUACAGUAACUGAUCACUCUAAAAUGUAUGAUAUGCAAAACACCAUUCAUAGUCUACAGAUGGAAAAAGUAGAAUCUACAAAAAAAAUUGAAGAACUUGAGGAUAAAAUAAAAGAGAUAUAUGAAAGAUUAUCUUCUGCAGAGCAUGACCAAGAAGUCUGGAAGAGAGAACAGGAACGACUGGAAGUGGAAAAGCGGCAGAUGACUGAGCAGUGUGAGCGCCUGAAGCUGGAAGUCAGCAAAUUGCAGCCUCUUGCUCUGGGGCAGAGGGACAUUGUUACAGAGGAGGAGCGGACUCUCCCACAGAGUUCCUCAGUUGCAGAGGUCUUGAGAUUGCAGCAAGCUUUGACUGAUGCUGAAAAUGAAAUAAUGAGACUAAGUAGUUUAAACCAGGAUAACAGUCUUGCUGAAGACAAUCAGAAACUUCAAACAUGUGUCCAAAUUUUAGAAAGAGAGAAGUCAUUAUUGAGUCAAGAAAAGGAAGAACUUCAGCUAUCACUUUCCAAACUGAACAAUGAAUAUGAAGCCAUUAAAAGUACAGCUACAAGGGACAUAGAUUUGUUUUCUCAAGUUCGUGAUUUGAAACUUAACUUGGAGGUGAAGGAACAAGAACUGAAUCAGAGUAUUCAUGAAAAUGAAAUACUCACGGCUGAGUUGGAAGAACUGGACAAGCAGAACCAAGAGGCUACUAAGCGUGUGAUUUUGAUAAAAGAUCAGCUAUCAAAACAGCAAAGUGAAGGAGAUAGUGUCAUCAAGAAACUAAAAGAAGAUCUAGAUGAUGAAAAACAGAAAAUCCAUCAACUCGAGGAUGAUAAAAUGAACAUUACCAAAGAGUUAGACUUGCAGAAAGAAAAGCUGACUGACAGUGAACGGGCCCUAAGUGAUUUACAGUUAACCAGACAGAAGCUCGAAGAUAAAGUAGAAGAUUUAGUAGAGCAACUAAGUAAAUCAGAGAAAAAUAAUUUCAGCAUCCAGAAGGAGAACCGUGAACUGAGGGAACACAUCAGGCAGAAUGAGGAGGAGCUGUCCACAGUCAGGAAUGAGUUGACACGGUCUCAAACCCAAGGCUCUGACAGUAAUUUGAAGGAUGAUUUACUUAAGGAAAGGGAAAAUGAAGUUAGAAACUUAAAGCAGAAUCUUUUAGAAAUAGAAGAGCUGAAUGAACAUUUGAAGCAAGUUGCUUUUGAUCUCAGAACAGAAAAUGAAAAGUUGGUUGUAGCAUGUGAGGAUGUAAGAAAUCAGUUGGAAGAAUCUAUUGCUGGCAACAACCAAAUUUCUCUGGAAAAAACUGCCUUGCUGGAGACUCUGAAAUGCGAAAAGGCGCAGCUAGAAGCAGAAUUGUGUGGAGCUGAAAAGAGGCUGUUGGAGGAAGCAAACAAAUACAAGCAAACUAUUGAGGAACUGUCCAGCACACGCAGCCUGAGUACCUCUGCCUUACAGAUGGAACAUGAGCGCUUAAUUCGGCUCAGCCAGCAAAAAGACUCUGAAAUAGCAGGGCUCAAAAAGAGUAUUGAGCAAAUGGAUACUGAUCAUCAACAAAUGAAGGAAACUUUAUUGUCUAGUUUAGAAGAGCAGAAACAAUUGACACGACUUAUAAACGAAAAAGAAAAUUGUAUUGUGAAACUUAAAGAAAAAAGUUCAGAACUGCAGGAGGAGUUGGACAAAUGUGCGCAGGCCUUAAGAAACAAUGAGGCUCUCAGGCAGAUGGUAGAGGAAAAGGAUAGAAGUCUUGGAUCCAUGAAAGAAGAGAACAACCACUUGCAAGAAGAACUGGAGCGGCUCAGGGAACAGCAGAGUCGGACUGUGCCCGUGCUUGAGCGUAGAACCCUUGACAGCACCACAGAGCUAGAGUCUGAGCUGUCUGAGCUCCACACCAUCAAGGAUAAUUUGGAAGAAGAAAUUAAACAGCACCGGAAGAUGAUUGAAGAUCAAAACCAGAAUAAAAUGCAACUGCUCCAGUCUCUACAGGAGCAGAAGAAAGAAAUGGAUGAGUUAAGAUACCAGCAUGAACAAAUGAGUAUCACACACACCCAGCUCUUUUUAGAAAAAGAUGAGGAAAUUAAGAACUUGCAAAAAACAGUUGAACAAAUAAAAGCCCAAUUGCAUGAAAAAAGACGGGACAUUCCAACAGAGAAUUCUGAUAUUUUUCAAGAAACAGAAGUUCAGAGCCUUAAUCUAGAAAAUGAAAGUGAAAAGCAUGAUUUAUCCAAAGCUGAAAUGGAAAGGUUAGUGAAGGGGAUAAAAGAUCGGGAGCUGGAGAUUAAGCUUCUGAAUGAAAAGAAUCUGUCUUUAACUAAACAGAUAGAUCAGCUGUCCAAAGAUGAAGUUGGCAAGCUCACUGAGAUUAUCCAGCAGAAAGACUUGGAGAUACAAGCGCUUCAUGCCAGGAUUUCCUCAGUCUCCUAUUCUCAGGAUGUUGCAUACCUCCAGCAGCAGCUGCAUGCCUACGCUAUGGAAAGAGAGAAAGUAAUGGUUGUCUUAAAUGAGAAGACAAGGGAAAAUAGCCAGCUGAAAACAGACUAUCACAAAAUGAUAGAUAUUAUUAGUGCCAAAGAAGCAGCCCUUAUUAAGCUGCAAGAUGAGAAUAAAAAAAUGUCUGCUAGAUUUGAAAGUAGUGGUCAAGAUAUGUUUAAAGAAACUAUUCAGAAUUUAUCACGGAUUAUUCGAGAAAAAGACAUUGAAAUAGAUGCACUGAGUCAGAAGUGCCAGACCCUGCUGACGGUGUUGCAAACUUCUGGCACAGGUAACGAGGUUGGAGGAGUCAAUAGUAACCAGUUUGAGGAGCUCUUACAGGAACGUGACAAGCUAAAACAGCAAGUGAAGAAAAUGGAAGAGUGGAAACAGCAGGUGAUGACCACCGUCCAAAAUAUGCAGCAUGAGUCAGCCCAGCUUCAGGAAGAGCUCCACCAACUUCAGGCCCAAGUUUUGGUUGAUAGUGAUAACAAUUCUAAAUUACAAGUAGACUACACGGGGCUGAUUCACAGUUAUGAGCAGAAUGAAACCAAAUUGAAGAAUUUUGGGCAGGAAUUGGCACAAGUUCAGCAAAGCAUAGGGCAGCUUUGUAACACCAAGGACCUUCUUUUAGGAAAACUUGAUAUUAUGUCACCCCAGCUCUCUUCUGGCUCAUCACUUACCACUCAGUCAGCAGAGCCUCUGAAGACAAGCCAGUCUGCUGGGCCGUGUGAGUCCUCUCAGUUGCUUCAACAAGAACUGGAUGACCUGAGAAGGUCACUACAGGAAAAAGAUGCCACGAUCAGAACACUCCAGGAAAACAACCAGAGACUGUCAGAGUCUGUGGCUGCCUCCUCAGAGGUAGGGAGAAGAGAACACAAGCAAACCGAUUUGGAAAUGAAGCAGCUGAAGGAGAAACAAGAGGUUUUACAAAACUUACUUAAGGAAAAAGACCUCUUAAUCAAAGCCAAAAGUGACCAAUUGCAUUCUUCAAAUGAAAAUUUCACUAACAAAGUGAAUGAAAAUGAGCUUCUGAGACAAGCUGUGACAAAUUUGAAGGAGAGGAUAUUGAUUUUAGAAAUGGACAUUUCUAAAUUGAAGGGGGAAAAUGAAAAAAUAAUGGAAACUUCCAGGGGGAAGGAAACAGAAUACCAGGCACUACAAGAGACCAACAUGAAGUUUUCCGUCAUGUUGCGAGAAAAAGAGUUUGAAUGCCAUUCGAUGAGAGAGAAGGCGCUUGCUUUUGAACAGCUCUUGAAAGAAAAAGAACAGGGCAAGGCUGGGGAGUUAAAUCAACUUUUAAAUACAGUUAAAUCAAUGCAGGAGAAGACAGUUAUAUUCCAGCAGGAGAGAGACCAAGUUAUGUUGGCCCUGAAACAGAAGCAAAUGGAAAACAGUACCCUACAGAGUGAGGUUCAACACUUACGUGACAAAGAGUCCCGGUUAAAUCAGGAGCUCCAGAGAUUGCGCGACCACCUCUUAGAGUCUGAAGAUUCUUAUACCCGGGAAGCUUUGGCUGCAGAAGACAGAGAGACCAAACUAAGGAAGAAAGUGGCAAUGUUGGAAGAAAAGCUAGUUUCAUCUUCGAAUGCAAUGGAAAAUGCAAGCCAUCAAGCCAGUGUGCAAGUAGAAUCGUUGCAAGAACAAUUGAGCACGGUCUCCAAGCAGAGGGACGAGACUGCCCUGCAGCUUUCUGUCUCUCAGGAACAAGUAAAGCAGUAUGCUCUGUCACUAGCCAAUCUGCAGAUGGUCCUCGAGCACUUCCAACAAGAGGAAAAAGCUAUGUAUUCUGCUGAAUUAGAAAAGCAAAACCAUAUCUUAGCUGAAUGGAAGAAGAAAGCAGAGACUCUGGAAGGAAAAGUGUUAUCCCUGCAGGAACAUUUGGAUGAAGCAAAUGCUGCUUUGGAUUCGGCCUCAAGACUGACAGAACAGUUAGAUCUAAAAGAGGAACAUAUUGAAGAACUUAAAAAGCAAAUUGCGCUCCACCAAGAGAUGCUGGACGAUGCACAGAAGAAACUGAUGAACUUAGUGAGCAGCACAGAAGGAAAAGUAGACAAAGUCCUUAUGAGAAACCUCUUCAUUGGUCAUUUCCAUGCACCUAAAAAUCAGCGUCAUGAAGUGCUACAACUGAUGGGGAGCAUCCUGGGUGUUAAAAGGGAGGAAAUGGAGCAGUUGUUUGCUGAAGAUCAAGGAGGUGUUACUCGGUGGAUGACAGGAUGGCUUGGAGGAGGAUCGAAAAGUGUGCCCAAUACACCUUUGAGACCAAAUCAGCAGUCUGUGUUUAAUAGUUCCUUUUCAGAACUUUUUGUUAAAUUUCUGGAAACAGAAUCUCAUCCAUCUGCCCCACCUCCAAAGCUGUCUGUUCAUGACUUGAAACCACUGGAUUCUCCAGGGAGAAGGAACGUUCACACUAGCAUGCCCGGAAGUGCCAAAGAUAUAACAGAACCCAGGACAGGAAGAAGAACAGAUCUGAGUCCAUUCUUGGCGCCCCGCUCAGCAGCUGUGCCCCUUAUUAACCCAGCUGGACAUGGACCUGGUGGGCCUGGGCAUCUUCUUUUGAAGCCUAUGUCGGAUGUUCUCCCCACGUUUACACCUUUGCCAGUGUCACCUGACAACAGCGCUGGCGUUAUACUCAAAGACCUUCUAAAGCAGUAGGGCGCUUCCACGCCAGACUGUACAGCACUUUAAGGAAACCAUGAACACUGUAUGUGUGAACUUUAUCACAAAGUGGCCUUCUGGAAAGAGUUGUAGUUGUAAUUUGUAAUUUGUCUGUUAAUAAAAUUAUUCAUAAUGCUUUUAGAAAUUGCAGGUGUCAGAAGAGUAAGAACUGCUAUGUAAUUUGCUUUUUUAUUCAUUUUGUCAUUUUACCUAAUUUAAAACUAGAAACAUUUGGUUUACUUUUUUUUAAUUUACAAAACUCUAAAAAGGAGAGGCAAGCGUAACUGUCUGCUGUCUCCUCGGACUUUCAAGCUCAUUUCAUAUAGGGCAUGCUAUUCAUUUUCUCAAAUAAGGAAUUUAUUCCACCACCACCCCCAAAGGUGCCUAAUAAAGGCUUCUCAGCACAGAGCAGAAGAUGCUCUGCGGUGUGCGUCAGCCACCUCUAGAGACCUUGUGUAGGGAGAAAACAGAGCUGUUCCUGGGAGGUUGUGGCUGUCCUGAGGCAAAGUGGGUGCGUAGUUCUAUGCAAUUCUAGCAUGUGUGUAGAUUCAUCUGGCCACCACAGUUAAUACCCAACUCUUCGUCCAAAGGGUCCCCUGAGCUGCCUUUUAAUAGUUCUUGCUGCCCCGCUUAACCUUCUGUAGUUCUGUUAUUCCGUGAGGGCUAUUGAAAUGAAAUCACAUGUUAGUGCAUCCUCUUGAGUUGGGUGUUUGCACAUAGCAUAGUCUCUGAGAUCCAUCCAUGUUGUUUCAUGGACCGGUAGUUUGCUUCCUUUUAUUGUGGAGUACAUGCUAUGAGUAACUCAUGGUAUCAUUUAGUUUUAAAAGCUGAACUGUCCUUUUUUAAGUACCACCUAAAACUACAGGUUUCUAGCAGUUCCUAGGGCGUGUGGUUAGCCCCAACACUUGGGAGGCAGAAGCAUGCAGAUUUUUAGGAGUUUGAGGCCAGCCUGUUCUACACAAUGAGUUUCAGGCUAGCCAGAGCAACAAACAUAGUGAGACCGUGCCUCAAAACACGGACACACACCAAAAAACAAAUGAGACCUAAAGGUUUUCUUGCAAACUGCACAAAAUCAUGUAACUCUUUGUAAGUGUUACACUGUAUGGCUGCAUCCACAUAACCCUUACACCAUAGUAUUUAUUACACCAGCAAUACCUGGAGACCUAUCACCUCCUGUCCCCGUUCUGAGCUGCGGCUGUCUGGGAUGUGGCACUCCCUGCCGUACUCCAGCACCAGGUGUUUGGAACUGAAAGCAAGUGCUUCUGUCCUUUUUCACAAAGCCAUUAUGAAAGAAAAGAGUCCUGACUCACAGCUCUUGUACCAGGAUGUUCAUAUUUAUAUUAGUUGUUGACGUUGUGCAUUGAAAAGCCAUUUCUUGCAUAUUUUGUAAGUCCAGAUAAGCCCUUAAAACAGAAGAGCCUGUAUAGCAAGGAAGGGUGGGAAGCAGACUAAUUCAGAAAUGUCCACAGCCCUGGCACCCGUCAGAGCUCAGCUGGGUUGUUUGUGAAUUUUCCAUCUGAUAAGCUGUGUGUUUCAAAGAGUGGAGGUUUCAGUUUUAAUGGUGUGUUGAUGUUUAAAAUACCUUUUUUUUCUGAAAACUUGAGUAACCGAGAUAACGCUGCUUCCUCGUGUCGCCUGUGGCCUUAACUAACUUUAUAGUCCACUUCUCCGCUAUGUUAGAAAAAAUUGCCAUCAGAGAGAUGUUAAGCUGCUCCCACCAGUUUCACCAACGUUAUAGAUACCUCUCAACUUAGAGUGGGCUCACAGCCCAGUAAACCCAUUGUAAUUAAAACAUCUUGAAUUAAGCUGUCAGCCAACCUGACUUAGCAAGGCUGCUUCCUCUCAGGACCACGGGGCUGACUGGGAGCCACAGCUUCUAAUGCUUCCAGCAUUGAGAAAAGAGAAAUUCUAAAUCUGAAGCAUGAUUUCUGCUUAAUGUGUAUCAUUUCAGCACACCCCAAAAUUGAAGCAGUUAAGCCUCAACGGUAAGUUGAGGACCUACUGAUACAGGUAUUUGUAUGUUCCUUUACUCUUGCUCACUAGUUGGGUCAUUUAUUGUGUGAUGAGAAAAUUAAGUUCCACAUGAGGCAGCCGAAAAGCUAGUUUUUAUAUUAAGAAAAGGAAGAUGUAAAAUGUUUUAUUAUGUAAACAAUGUGUUUUAUAUUUAAAAUACAUUUUAUGACAUUGAAGUUCCUUGACUGAAACAACCUGCCCUCCCCACCCAUUCACUUGGCCUCAGUUUGGAAGCUGUCAUGAUGGGCUCCACACCCAGGCAUCAAAGAACAUGGUAUUACAUGGCUGCUAUUGAAAUAUAUGACUUUGUCUGAAAGCUGCAGUACCUAAUGUCUGUGUUGUAUGCAUGCUAAGUGUUCAUUGAUCUAAACCAGACAUGACUCAUCAGCUUUUUUGAACUAAGUUGUGUCAGAGAUGAACCAUCUGCUCAAGGAAACUUCUUAGCAGAGAAAGCGAGAAGCAUGCACUUUGUCUUACCCACAGGACCCCGCUAGCGGUAACCGGUAACUGCAGUAAGUCUGCUCUUGACAGCUUCCAGCACUCGGUAGAAUUUGCAGCUGCCACAGGUUUACCGCACUGUUGGAACUGCAGUAAGUUCACUGUUGAUAUCUCUGUAUACCUAGCAGUGUUUUAUGGUUGAGUUUUGCUUUGGAAGGCACAUUUCUUCACAACAUUCCUAAUGGUUUUCAAGUACAACGAAAUACACAGUCAAGCAUUCACUCUGCCAUUGGAGCUGAUUGAAUGUAAUCAUGUAUGUCUGUGAGUUUUCCUUCCUGGCAUUCUCGUUUGUUUUUUAAAAGGGGGAAACCAAAGCACAUAAGCAAAAAGAGAUGGCACGCAGCUAGCCAGCUAAACAUCAAGUAUCACCCAAGAAAAGCCUUUAGUUCUUUUAACCUUCCAAGGACUCAAGAGCCUUCAGCUUACUCAGUCAGCUAUGGGGAGGAGGGGCAGGCCCAGGCCCAGGCAAAGAGAUGAAAACCAUAGAAAGUACUGCAUUUGGACUGGGUUUUUAAAUUAAAGAAAUUUUCAUAUAUUGAAGCAUUUAAAGCAUCAUCUAGCAACAAAAAUUUAUCUUCUGUAAAUAUCAGUUAAGUUAGGUAAUAUUUAUUUUAUAUAUUCCUAUGUAAAAAUAAUGAUCAUUGUAAUGUUGACAUUUGUGAUGAUUUGCCAAUCUUUACAUCUUAACUUAUUAUGAUUUAAUCACUUAAAAUUGAUGCAUUGUCUUUAUAGGAAAAUAGCAAUGUGAGCAAUUUCCAACUGUAUCAUGAGAUUCGGUUGUGUUUUAUAUAGAGUUAAAGCCAAUGCACUCUUGAAUUUCUCAGGAGCAUUGCAAGGCAAAAAAAAAAAAAUUUCUUCAAAUAAAAAUGACUUAAGUUGGCUGUAUCUUCAUCCAUAAUAAAAACA